UUCGAUAUAUCGCAUUCUCGCAUGUGAACAAAAAUAUACUUUCGAUAUAAUCGCUUAUAGAUGUAAAAGUGCACAGGUAUAUUAAAAAAAAAUAGCGAGAAGGAUAUUAUGUCACUUGCUGCGAAAACUACUUUUGUAUUAUGUUGUGCAACGACAGCAUGGAUGGUAGGCUAUGUACAUUAUCAACAAGAAGCUGAGAGAAGACAGCUUCGACUAGGUGUAGAACGUGAUAUUGAACGUCAAGAACGCAGAAAAUUAAGGAAAGCGCAACAAGAAACGCAAUCGGUGGAGCCACUAUUAGAAGCGGCAAAACAGGGUCCAAUUCUUCAAACUACAUAACGUUACAUUCCUACGUCUUUGUAAAUAUUUGCUUUUUCACUUUCAUUUCGGAUAUUAAAUUUGAACGAAGGUUAGGUAACACGAAUCCAAUGAACAUAAUGACUACAGAAGAUCCAACGGACCAAUCAG